AUGGUCUUCUCUUCCAACGAUGUAUAUAUCAGGAAUCCCUACCUGCGAGGCAAACUGCUGGAGGUUAUGAGCCUUUUGAUACCUCGAGGGAGGAACGAAGGGUUCGAGCUGGGUGGAGGGUCCCUUGCGACCCUCUUCGAGGAGCAUGACAUCGCGCGCAAGUUCUUGGUCCCGACGCUCAUCCGCUUCUACGUGGACAUUGAGGUGACAGGGCGUGAUUAUUCCAACAACCAGUUCUACGAGAAGUUUCACUACCGGCAUUACAUGGCGGAGCUGCUCAUGUACAUCAUGAAGUUUCCUCAUUACAUCACAGCGCUGAAGAGAGAGAGCGAGAACGUCGCAGAGUUUGUUCGCUUUAUCAACAUGAUGUUGAACGAUAUCAUCCACUGUAUCGACGAGGGUCUCUUGAAGCUGGCUGACAUCCGGAAGACUGAGUUCGAGAAGGCCGACACUCAAGCAUGGAAUGCAAAGUCGGAAGAGGAGCGGAACCAGGCGGAGCAGCACCUGCAGACCAUGUACGGUCAGGCAGGUUGGGGCCUUCAAGCAGCGACAGAGGUGUUGACGAUGAUGGAGAAGUUGACGAAGCAUGUGCUGGAUCCCUUCCUCCGUGCAGAGCUCGCUGACCGAGUGGCCGCCAUGCUCAACUACGUGAUUAAGACCAUCGCAGGGCCUCGCUGCAUCGAGCUGAAGGUGCAACAUCCUGAGAAGUGUUACUUCAAACCCAAGGAGCUCUUGGCGCUGGUGGUUGAAGUCUUCAUGAACCUUGCCAAGCAUGAGAAGUUUGCGUUGGCGGUGGUGAGAGAUGAGCGUUCUUACGACCACGAGGUCCUCGCUAAAGUCUAUCGACUGAUCAGGACGCACGCGUUGGAGGAUGAGUCCUUCUGCCAGCAGUUUCUGGACUACACGCAAGUCCUUCAGGAAUCGAAGCAGAAUCAGAUGGAGCUCGACGCCAAGAUCGAGGAGGCACCGGACGAGUUCCUCGAUCCCAUCACUCAAGACAUCAUGACGGACCCAGUCAUCUUGCCGACCUCAGGCAACAUCAUGGACAGGCAGGCGAUCAUGCGCCACCUGCUCAGUGACGAGACAGACCCUUUCAACAGGAUGAAGCUGACGCCCGACAUGCUCCAGGUCCUCGCGCUCUUGACUUGUGGAGCAGGACUGGAAGGGAGAUUGCCAUAG